AUGUUGGAUGUCGUUGCACAAGUGUUUUUUCUUCUUUGCUGGCUGACAACGCCAUUGGUCUUUUUCGUGACCACCUCUGCUUGUAAGUUCUCGAAAAUCCGUUCGGUUAUCCCCCGGUCCCCCGGUCCCCGAGACUUCUGGAGACAUUGUUUUCGGUUUGCUUCUCCUUAUCUCCCCGAAUUAGUCAUCACAUUUCUUCGCGUCCGGCACAGUGCCCACCGUUACUGAGCAAACAAACCGUGUUGUAAGAGGCCUAUUCUCGCUUCUUUCGACGACUUUUUUGUUUUCGUCUCUCUUCGUCUCCAAAUGUUAAUGGGGGUUUAUGAAUGUGUCAGUGCCGGGCACCACCGGCAUCGGUUUCACAAUCAACAAUAUCUCGAGGUGCAAAAGAGAUCGGAUGGGCACACAUAAUCCUUACUUGGCGGCAGUUUGACACGGUACUUCUGUAGAAAACUCAAAAAAUUGGCACGACGCCGGUCCGGGGGUCUGAAGAUGAAGCGACUCGGCCGUUUUUUUGUCAAUUAUUCGAAAAUUAAAAAUUGGCACGGCGCCAUCCGCGCCGUAGCACAUCACAGAUUUCCGAAGACUACGCGACCGAACUAAUUCAAAUCUUCCCGCCAUUUUUUUGCAAUUGGCUGCUUGGUGAACUGCACAUGCGACGUCUCCAGAAGCGACUCAAAUAGUCCCUGGUUCCCCUCCCCCCAAAAGGCAUUUUCCCAGAAUUUGAAUCAGUGAAAACGAUGGCGCUGACAGUGCCGCCAAAAGAACACCGAACGACUUAUUUAAAUGGCGUUGCGUGGGUGUUGCGUGUCACAAUAUUCCCCUUUCACGGGAACUCGCCGCCCGUCUGGGGGGAGAAAGUCAAAACAAACUUGAUCAGGCAAUUAGCAAGUGCGAGAAAGGAAACAUAAUUGAGGAUUGGCCUAGAUUUGAAUUGGAAUUACUAAAAGUAAACGUUUUGAAAGAGAGGUGUAGUUGCAAACUUGUGCUAGUCCCUUCCAGAGUUGAGCGGAAUUCCGUCUGCCGUCUUCCGUGGAUUUUUUUGUUCCGUAUUCCGUCUGCCGUCUUCCGGGAAAAAAGUUUUCUUCCGUCUUCCGUUUUCCGUGUUCCGUAAAAAAAAUUUUCUUCCGUCUGCCGUCUUCCGGAUUUCAAAAUUCCACUUCCGCUCAACUCUGGUCCUUUCGACAUUUCCUCUUUCAGCUGACUCACGAUCGGUUCCGAUCAAAUUCCAAUGUUGUUUUCCUCCGUUUCCUCACAGAAUUGUUCCAAAACAUUUUGUAAUGUUUUUCCGAUCGCUCGUUCAAGGUUUACAGACUUUUCGUUUGGAAAGAGACGCAGGCGGUCGGCAGCUCGAGAAGACUGUCGUUCGAAAGCCCAAAUUCCCCCUUUCCGUCCUUCCGUUCUCGAUCUUUCGGGCGAUCAUUUUUCGCUCGAGCAAUGGGAUCAGGGGCUUCGUUUUCGAAAAAGCUUCGCUGAAUUUAGUCGUCUCCGCUGAAAAAUGUGUGCAUGAGAGCGGCAAAAACCGUUCCCACUUGCAUGCGCCCAUGAUAGCUGAUCAUUGUUCAGCUGUUCCCGACGCUCUUUUCCACGUGGAAUAGUCGAUUGACUCGAAUCACCUGGCACUGCGCCAACUUCUCCGUCUCUGCACUGUCUGCGUCGAUGCGCCGCGCCGCGCGGCAAGACCAAAAAAAAACAAAUUUGAAUUCUCGAUCGACUGGCGUCCUUGAGAUAGAGCGCCCAAAGGCCCGCGGGGCCUCAGAAGUACCGAUACAUGAAUUUCGACUGUGCAGAACACCUUGUCUUCUCUGAUGUUCUCGUCAAAAAUCGGUCUUGUCCGUCCGGGUUUGAAAAUUGAAGGUAGAAAGUUACCUAGUUUCGAAUUUAUCUCUCUAAAAUUCGAGAAUCUAGCAUAUUCAGACGGUGAGACCCUCAGCACGGUGGUCGGAAGAGAAACCCGUUCGCAAUUCUGAAAUCCUUGAAAUAGUGCCCCACGAAACGUUGUGAAAUUGACCAUUAUUCGGUUUUCGACUGUUUUGCAAUACAUUUUCUAGAAGAAAAGUGACUCAUCACGCUCAUCACCCUACUUUUUCUCUUUUCUCUCACUUCUCCAAGCCGAUCCGCCCACAGCAGGAGGCGGUGCUGGAUUUGGCCCGCCCCUGAGCCCACGGGCGACUCUCCGACCGAGACGAGUCAUUCGUACCGGCUUGUCGACCCGCCGGAAGGUGACCUCUGCUUUUUAUCCGGGUUUUCUAGUCGAAAUACAGUAGCGGCCACUGAAAUAUCCUCUUUUGGUUUUUCCGCUAUAACUUUUUUUAGAGAAGAGCAACCGGGCCAAAAUUUUUUGUGCGUAUUACCGGCAUAUAUAAUGUACUUUCUGCAAAGUGUCGUUAGUGCUGCGAAAGAAAUAUUUUUUCCAAAAAUAUUUUCAAUUUUCACGAUUUUGAUCGUUUUUUCAAUUUUUUUGGAAGCUUUUUUGGAAGCUAAACUCCAAUAUUUUCCAGAGUCUUCAAUAUUUUUUGAUUUAGGACAAAAACGAAAGGAAAAGUAGAUUUAACCCCUAACCAGCAAUUUGCAAUUGCUAGGGGGCGCGAGCAGGGACGAACUCACAGGCAACUCGCUGAGCAGUUCAAUGUCGAUCGUUCCACAGUUGGAAAAUUUUUGAAGCGCUGGAGAGCUCAAAAUAAACAGCCAGUGAAGAGAAGACACUCAAGGGCUCGCGUUACGAACCAUCUAAAGGAUGGAAACAUCGUACGCGCAUCGAAAACCAACCCUAGACUGAGUGCCGCCAAAGUACUUGAUCAGGUUUCCCACCGUGGAUCACCCGUGGCAAGCGUCAGAACGAUCCGACGUCGCCUAAAUGAUGCUGGACUCUUUGCCAGAAGACCUGUGAAGAAACCGUUUAUCUCUGACCGAAAUCGAGCAGUUCGUGUGGCCUGGGCGCGAGCCUAUCUCAACUGGACUCAAAGUCAGUGGGAACGAGUUUUGUGGAGUGAUGAGAGCAAGUUCAUGUUGUUCGGUUCGGAUGGAAUUUCUUACGUGAGGCGACCAGUAGGGACCAGAUUCGACCCAAAAUAUCAAACUCCCACCGUAAAACAUGGUGAUGGUAUAGUCCUGCUUCAGCAGUCAUGGAGUCGGACCUCUUCACCGCAUCCGAGGCAACAUGGAUCGCUUUGUGUACGAACACAUCUUGCAAAUUGUGAUGCUGUCGUUCGCUCGUGCCUCCCCGAGGGUUCGUUACUUGUUUCAGCAAGAUAACGACCCAAAGCACACCUCCAACCACAUCAAAAUGAGUUAAAUGUCUCAAACAAUCAUUAUCUUUUUUAAAAGAAUUGGUUCGCCACCAACCGUGUGACUGUAAUAGAGUGUCCCAGCCAGAGCCCCGACCUCAAACCCAUCGAAAAAUUGUGGGAAGAGCUUGAGAGACGCGUUUCCGGUAUCCGUACGACGAGAAAUUCUCUCAGUUGGAGACUGCGUGGGCUCAGAUUCCACAGUCUGUUUUGACCAACCUGAUCCAGUCGAUGCCAAGAAGAUGUCAAGCUGUUAUCGAUUCUCGAGGGUUUGCAACUAAGUAUUGAUAAAUUUUAAACUGUUCCUAUUGCUUAUUACCUCAUUUACAAGUCGUUUGAAAGUGAAAUCGCAAUAAACCGGUUUUUGUUGAAAAUCGAAAAAUCGAAUUUUUUGAAUUUUUCAAAGAAAAUUUUUUUAUCGAUAACAGCUAAACUGGAUUAUUUUUCUGGCUUAUUUUGCAAAAUUUUCACAAUUGCUCUCAAGUUCCUAGCUCUUCUAAAAAAAGUUAUAGCGGAAAAACCAAAAGGGGAUAUUUCAGUGGCCGCUACUGUAUUUAGAAAUCAAAAAAUCUCGAGAGAAACAAUUUAGAUUACUGUAGCCGGUGAAAAAUGUGCAAACACGGCCACGGCAGUUUACGGAUAUUCGCUUCAAAAAUUGUUUAUUUUUCCGGCUUGUUUAGCGUGAAUGUUCCCGAUCUUUUCCCCCACCGAUAACAACUCAUUUUCCACUUUUUAUUUCAAGACAUCGCUCUCCAUCACAAAUCAAGACGAUCCGGAAGAAUGCCACGUCUACAGCGGCGAAUCGACACGGCGAGAAAAGGGAGGCAGCCGCCGGCGCCGGUCGAGCAAGCGGCGGAAUCGACGUCGAUCAAGAAGCUCGUCGGAUGCCCCGUCUUUGAUCCCAUCGAUUGCCAGUGCCGUGAGUCCUCCAAUCAAUACCGGGUUUCAGCGUUUCAGGGGAGAGGGGCUCGGUCUACGGAUCAGCUGGUUGCCCGCGUAGAUUUCUAGUUUAGAGCGUUCCGAGGACAGGAAAAUGCGAGAAAAGAGUUAGUCUUAAUUUCAACUCGCCCAAUUUUCAGCAAAACAAGAGUUGCCGAAGGAGAGGGCGUCAAAAUGACGUGCACAUCGGAGACGUGUCAGUUCGCACGCAUUCCCCUCCAUCCACAGUGCUAUCAGGAGCUGGAGAGUAAUUUGGUCAAACGGCUCGGAUCUCUGGGAAGCGCUCGUGGAUGGACAGUCCCGCAACGCCUCAACAAUCUUUGGGAAAAGAAAGGGCAAUCGCUCAUCGGAAAGUUCUGUCGAUGUCGAUGCGGACGCGGACAGAUGACCAGGGAUAAGCAGGCGCUUUAUGAAAAGGAGGUGAGCUUGUAGAGGCUCGACCCGACGGAUCCGAGUUGAUUUUCAUUCAGAAAGCGGUUGAGAAGGAGAAAAAGAAGAAGGCGAAGAAGGCGAAGCAGCUGCCGCAACUGCACUUCAACACGAAGCAUGCCGCGGCGAUGGAGGAGAAGAAGCGCGAUUCGGACUGUCCGUUCACGCCGACGGGUGCCCCGCAGAGCGUGCGCCAGCGCACCUUCUCCACGAGAUCACGUCUUCUCACCGAUCAUUCCACCACUUCAUCAGUUCCCACGACCGUAAUGUUGGAGACGGUAAGCAGAGAGCGUUUGGACAUCCUCUACGUUUAAUUUUUAGAUGUCCGAGGUGUCAUACGUCGGCGAGAGCAACGGACAGUACAACAACAACGAGCAGCAUCCGAUGGACCUGACCGAUGACGAGGGAGUCGAUGAGGCCGCGAGUUCAGUGAACACCAUUGUACCAGCGCCGCCGCCGCCGCCGCAGACGAAGAGCUACGCGGCGACGAUAAAGAGCGAGGUGGAGAAGUCGGAAGAGCUGGCGGCGACGGAGAGCCCCAGCAAGAACAGCACUGCAGCCAACUCGCCGGACAGCGGACUCGCCCACUCGAUCAGGUUAUCGCCCGGUGUGCCGAACUACUCGCUGCAAGAGUCGGCGGACGAGUCGGAGUCGGAGACGAUGAAGCAGCGCACAGAGCCGGAGAACCUGAAUCCGCUCGAACUGAGCAUCCUUUCGCCGAUCGUGCUCUCGCAGGGGCUGCAGCACCAAGAGGAGCCGCUGAUGAGCCUCUUCCCGGAGCUCACCGUCACGCCGCACUUGCCGAAGCAGAAGGGCUCGAUCUACAGCAAGAUUACGGAGAUCCGCGCUCAAAAGAGCGCUUCCCUGCCGAAGCUUCCGCUCGCGCUGCCGUCGUUGCCCGAGGGCGAUCGAUGCGGAAUUAACUUCACCACGCCCGUCAGGGAAAUCAUGGACGUCUGGCAGGCAACCAACGCGUCGCUGGGCGCAUCUGGAGACGCGAGAACCGAGGAACGCGUCGAGGAAGGUGAGAGUUAUGCGAUCGGCACCCAAACUUGGCAAUCUUUUCGAAAAACAUACUUUUUGGGCUAAUAGUAAGAUUAAUAUAUAGUCUCAAACUUUCAAGUAGGUUCUCCGAACCAGUACUUAAUCAACAAAUUCAACAAAAUUAACCCGAAUUUUGCAGAAAAAGUGGACUUUGCAUGGACGCCAAUGUUCGGCCGAGGAUUCAACCUGGGAGAGCGCAUUCUGUACUUCCCCUGA